AGUUUAAAAAUACACUAUUGUACCUAAUAGAAUAAAAAAAAGCUUUAGUUAAGAAUUUCCUCACAAGCCUACAUGAUGUCAAAUAUCCGAAAUGUUGUCGUAUUUGGUGUAAGUACUACCUAGCAACAUGCAGUUGGCAGCUAGAGUCCCUUUGCUUCAGAUAUCGCCAAUGCAAGAGACUCCAACUUGUUAACGACUACUAGGCGAUAGGCAGCUUCUCCACUUCCAUCGCAACCGCGCUCGUACAAGCUGGCUUCCACGUGCUCAUCCAUGCCCGGCUCGAUUCUACGACGACAUUCCCGUCGGGCAUCCCACAUAUCAGGACGCAGUACACGUUUGAUAGACUGAUGCCGCUGCUACGAGGUGCGGACGCGGUAGUCACGAUCCUUGGUCUGGUCGACGUUUCGACGCACAACAUGAUAAUCGACGCCGCCGUAGUCGCGGGUGCGAAACGCUUCAUCCUGGGCGAUUUUAGUUAGGGACCUAAUUCCAAUAGUCUGCAUGAAUUCACGCCCUUCGGCACGGCUAGUGUAAAUCUCACUCCUGAAAACUUUCGUAUGCAUGCAUUCGGGUUCCUCGGCACUGGUAGAGAGCCCAUUCUUGAGCACCUGGAGAGCGUAGCCCGGAUUAAUCCAAAAUUCACCUUCACCAGGAUAGCGACUAGCGUUCCAAUCGACUGGGCACUAAAACAAUUUAUUUUGAUGGGAUUUGACGUUCGAAAUCGCCGUGCGAUUAUCUACGACAAGGGCACCGAGGAAUUUACAGGGACCACGCUAGAAGGCAUCGGACAGGCUAUCGCGGGGACUUUGAAAAAUCCAGUCAAGACGGCAAACCUUUUUCUCAAGGUGCGCUCGAUCCAGACGAGCCAAAACCUAUUACUAGACGCCUUCCAGAUGGUCACCGGUGGGCCAUGGGACGUCCGGUAUAACACCUCAAAAGGGCGCUUCAGGCUCUCACAAGAGAUGUUCAAGGCGGGGGUGAAUGGCUGGAUACUGGAUCUACUCGUGUACUGUCUUUACACGCCCGGGGAGCCAUGCUGCAUCAUAUCGCCGAGGGACGAGUCGGAUUCGGAUCUGGUUAGGGUUAGAGAGGAGUCGGCCCUCGAAGUUGCUAGCAAAGUAGUGGAAUCCAUGGGGGUUAUGCCGAAAUGGAAGAGGUUUGUUUCUUAAAAUAUGGUUCCUACGGGUAUCAGGUUUCUUUCAGUCCGGUUGGCUGAAUUGCCUAACUACCUAGGUGUUCAUUAUACGAAACCGAGUUGUCUUGAGAGAUGGGCAAAUCCAAUUAGGCAACGAAUUGAUAAGGACUUUACGAAGGGAGAAAAAUACAGUUGGCUU